UGCGUUCCGUCAUUUGUAUUUGGAACGCCGUAGCAGCAAGAAGGACACGAGCGAGAGCGAUUAAGCGACGAAGCGACGUGCGAACGGAGUGUGGAGCGGCUAUUUUAGCUUUUAGCGCCCUUUUUUGUUUCAUUUUCUUUAACUAACAACAAAAAAAAACGACAUCAAACAAAAACCAAACAUACGGCAAACAACAAAUUUUUGGCAACAUUUUCGGCAAAAAUAAAAACUAUUUUUCGGACUAAAACAAAAAUCAAAACAAAAAAAAAAACGAGAAGCGAAAGAGAAAAAACUUUAAAGUUUUACGUAUAAUUAACGCGUUUUGUAUUGUUUUCUAUUGUGUUCGUAAACAUAAAAAUAUAUUUUUUUUCUGUUCUUAAACCCCCCAAAAAUUAAUCGACAAAAGUGAUCGUGGUAACCAAAAAAGAAGUAUAAAAGCGAAAAAAAUUUAAGCAAAGAGUAAAACAAAAAACUUACCGGCAAAACAAAAAAAGAAAAAAAAAAUCAAAAUUCGAAAUUAACAAAAAGAAAGAAAUCAAAGCCAAAAGCAAAAGUUGAAAACACAAACACGAAAUACAAAAAGAAAGAGUCCAAAAGUGUUCUUCGGUAUUUUUUUUUAUGUUAUUAUUCUUCAGUUGUUUUGUGUUUCGGUGAAGAAGAAGAAGCAGCAACAGCAGCAGCGGAAGAUCAGCGGCAGCAUCGAGAGCAAAAAAUUACAACAACAGCAAAACGAAAACUGCACAAAGCAGCAAAAGGCGCAGCAAAUACAAAUACAACAAACAAAAACCAAAUACAAUACAACAACAACAACAAAACAAAAUAUAACGAAGCCGGCCCAAGAGCCAACGAAUAACAAACUAAAACAAAACAACAACAAAAAAGAAACAGAACUGCAACAACAACGAGAACGAGAAGAGAACAUAAGUGAAAAAGCGGGCCACAUGAGCAGCAGCGCAACGCCGACGCUAACGCCUACGCCAACGCAGACGCCAACGUCGACGACUUAUGUAGCGUUUUAUGGCGAGCAUAAAAAGUGAAAUGCCGCCACUGCAUGCGGCAGAGGCGCUCGCCUCCAGCAGCAGCAGCAGCAGCGCCACUGACAGCGGCGGUGGCAGCGGUGGAGUUGAUGCUGCAACCGCUGCAGCAGCAGCAGCAGCAAGCACAGCUGCGUCAUCAGCAGCAGCAGCAACAACCACAACAACAACAACAGCGGCAGCAGCAGCAACAGUUGCAGCUGGCACUGGCUCGGGCGGCAACAGCGCGCCAGCAACACCAAAUGCGAAUGCCACAAUAAGCGCCGCAGCCGAUUCCAGUGACAAUCAACCAGGCACGCCACAGCCAACAACACAGCAGCAGCAGCAACAACAGCAGCAGCAGCAACAAGGACUCAUGUCUGCCGAUGCACAACAGCAACAGCAGCAACAGGCUGCAGGCAUAACGCACCAGCCAUAUGCCACACAUCACAUGUACGCCAGCAACACACAGCAGCAACAGCAGCAGCAGCAGCAACCACAACAGCAGCAACUUUAUGGCAGCCUCUAUGGCGGCGACAUGCAACAACCACAGCAACAGCAACAGAGCUACAGCUACAUCAACAGCUACGAGCAAUUCUAUCAGCAACAACAACAACAACAGCAGCAGCAGCAACAACAACAGCAACAGCAGCAGCAACAACAUCAAAGCGAAUACAGCCCCUUCAUCGAUUACAGCAAGGUGGCAAGUGUGCGCUAUCAUCCGUACUUGCAACAACCAACCUCAGUGCUGUCCUCAUCGGCAGCCGCAGCGGCAGCUGUGACAGCCGUCGAUGAAUCGACAGCGGCAACCGUUGCCGCCGUUAGCACAUCGAGUGCGGCCGCCGUGGCAGCGAUGUCGCCGCGUGUCGUCAGCAGCAGCAGCCCAACAUCGACGUCGUCGCAUCUGCAGUUGGGCAGCGCAGCGCCGAGUUCGCCGGGCGUCAAAUUGCAGUGCAAAAAAUGCGGCAUACUGACGACCAACGAGUCCGAGUUGCAGGAACACAUUGCCAAUGUGCACGGCGAAUCGCCGUACGGCAGCAGCGGUUACGCCAGUUCGCCGUACAUCAAGGAGGAGAUGCCAACGCCCACGCAUGCGGUGGCUGCAGCGGUGACCGCGAGCGGUGAUCUGCUCGAUUUGGACUCUCAAAAGAUGGUCUAUCACCAGCAGAUGUUGCAACAGCAACAGCAACAACAGCAGCAGCAACAACACGAUGUUGUGGUUGCCGGAUUGCCGUUGGCAUUGCCCGAUCCUCUGCACUCGAUGCAAACGAUGCAACAGCGUGCCUUGCACAGCUGGGAACAGGCGCAACCACAGCAACUGUCGAGCACCGAAGGAUUGCCGCCGUACAUGCAACCACUGAUCGAAAAAUCGCCGUACGGCGUCGCCUACUCGCCAAAGCAAUCGCCGUACCAUCAGGCGAGCAGCAUCAAGCAGGAGUAUCCGAUGAUCAAGUCCGAGUAUGCGGACUCUCAGCACUAUGUGGACAAAUCGUUUGAUCCCACCAAUGCCGGAGAUGUGGCCACAAGUCCGGCGGAGUUUCCCAGCACAACAACGGCGCCGGAUAACGGCGUCGCAACGCCGUAUCGCGGCUUUGAGCCGCCCAGCUCAAGUUCGGUGCUGCCGGCAAACAGUUUGACCGCCAAGGCGGCCACCUGGAAGUCGAAUGAGGCGCGUCGCCCCAAGACCUACAAUUGCACCGCCUGCAACAAGUGGUUCACCAGCUCCGGCCAUUUGAAGCGUCACUACAACACGACGUUGCACAAGAAUGCGGUGAAAUCGAGCGGACAACCCGAUCCGGCCACAUUGCCCAUUUCGGCGCAUCAUCAUCCAUCACGGGAUCCGGUGACGAAGACAAGUCGUCGUGGUAAUGCGGCUGCCGCAGCAGCUGCGGCCGCAGCAGCAGCAGCGGCAACGGCAGCAGCCACAGCGGCUCAAGAGUCGCAACCGGUUGCUGUCGUUCAGCCGCCGGAGCCGCCGCGUAGUCCGCCGGAUUAUGGUGGAGGAGGAGGAGGGGUUGGUCUGGCGACGGGUGUGCAGCAGGUGGGCGCCGCCAUGUCGCAGUAUUCGGCAUCGCCAUCGCCCACCAUUGCAGCACAACAGCAGCAGCAGCAACAGUUGCUCGUGCAAAACAACAAUGGUUAUCAUGCGGCGAGCAAUGGGCAUCAUUAUCAUCACGCCUAUGGCAUGCAACAAGUGCAAUCGACGACAAACGCUUCACCACAGCACGCUAACAACAACAACAACAGCAGCAGCAGCAAUCAUAGCAGCAGCAGCAACAACAACAACAACUCUUCUACAGCCGUUUUGAACGGUCACCCAAACGGGCUAGCAGGUCCCUCCGCCCCAAUCAACAACAUCAACAACAACAACAACAACAUCACACAAAUGCCGUCCUCCCAAAUGAGGGGCCUGCUGAACAAAACAACAACCAACAACACCCGAACAACAACCCCAACACCAACAACCACAACGCCAGCAACACAAGUCACAGUCAUAGCUAUAAAGAGCGAACAAAUGGAGGACAGCAACAGCAACAACUCAGCAAUGGUCAUGGAUCCGCAGCAGCAACAACAGCAGCAAUUGGAGCUGGAAGCGGAGGAGGAAGCGGAAUUGCAGCAAUUGGAGGCGCAGCAGCAUCGCCAGGAGCAACAGCUGCAGCAGCAGCACUUGCUAGUGGAUCAGCAGCAAUAUCUGCUGUCGCGGCCGUAUCACAGCAGCAACAGCAGCAGCACGCGCAGCAGCAGCAGCAACUCGCCCCUUACUAUUUGCCCCCAGCCGGUUUACCACCAACACCAACAGCUGUUGCCGCCGCUGCCGCAGCAGCAGCUGCUGCAGCCGCUGCAUCAGCAACCACAGCAGCAACACCACCUGGAUCAGCAGCCGCUGCAGCAGCUGCAGUUGGAGCAAGCAAUGGAUUUCUCGCGCACAACGCCGCUGCUGCCGCCGCCGCCUAUGGGAGCGCUGCUGCCGCCUAUGGGAAUGGAUUACAACAUGCUGGCUUUGGAUAUGCAACAGCAGCACAGCAAUAUGCUGCAGUGCAGCAGCAGCAUCAUCAGCACGCCGCCGCAGCAGCCAAUUAUUACCACCACGCCCACGCCCAUGCCGCUCACGCCCACGCCGCUCACCACGCCCACGCCCAUCACCACGCCCACGCCCAUGCCGCUCACGCCCACGGGCAACCACUUGCACCACCCCCACCACCACCACCACCACAUGGCCACCCACACACACACCCACACCAUGGGCACCAUCCACAUGCCACCCCACAUCCACAUGGCCACGCCCACCACCCACAUGGGCAUCCCCAUGGGCAUCCACAUGGCCAUCCAGCAGCAGCAGCUGCAGCUGCCGCAGCAGCAGCAGCAGCACACCACCAAUAUGGACAUGGGAUGCACCACUAUGCCGCUGCCAGCGCAGCAGCAGCAGCAGCAGUUGCCACCAGCAACGGUCCAACAGCAGCAGCAGCAACAUUAUCUGGAGCAACCGCAACUGUCUCCCCAGCAGCAGCAGCAACAACAACUGCUGGACAACAGCAGCAAUCACAGUAUGGCCAGCAACCAUACGCACAUCAGCAGCAGCAGCAGCACACCACCACCCCAGCAGCAACAGCACAGCAGCAACACCAUCAGCAGCAGCAGCAACAACAACAGCAUCAACAACAACAACAACAGCAUCACCAGCAACAGCAGCAACAUCAGCAGCAGCAGCAACAACAACAACAACAACAACAUCAUCACCAGCAGCAACAGCAGCAACACGCUGCCAUGCUACCAGCAACUGCCGCCAUUGCUGGAGCCCACAAUGAGCUAUCACACUAUUAUUGGUAAUGAUGCAGCAGCAACAGCAGCAGGAGCAACCACUGCUUACACCAGCGAUGGCCAAUUGUUGCAACUGAUGCCCACCUCGUUGUUUGCCCCUUACGCUCCGCUCUCCCCGUAUUCGGUGGCUGCUCAGCGAUCUCCCCAAGAGGGCGAUUUGCCGCCGGUGCACACGCUGACAACGGCAUUGCAUGCUCAGCAGGAGGCAUUGUUGCCGCCGGCGACAGCAACACUCACGUUGCUUGCAACGGCAACCACGCCCACCGCCUACUCGCCCACUGUGAGCAGUUCGCGUGCAACGCCCGCAUUGGAAAUGGAUAUGGUCACACUGAUUACGCAACAACAACAGCAGCAGCAACAGGACUACGAACUCGAGCAGCAAUACCAACUGCAGCAGCAACAACUCGAGCAGCAACAGCUCGAACAGCAGCAGCAGCAACUCGAAUUGCAGCUGCAACAACAACAACAACAACAACCACAACAGACAACCACAACAGUUGCAGCUGUGCUGCCAAAGAAACGUCGCCAUGCUGCAGCAGCAGCAACAUCCUCAUCAUCAUCAUCAUCGUCGUCGUCGUCGUUGGCGCCGCCAAGCAAACGACGUCGCUACAGCAGCGUGGGCUCAACGUCGCCGCACUCGACAACGCUGCCAUCGGGUCGGAUUAAGUGCUUGGAGUGCGACAAGGAGUUCACAAAGAAUUGCUAUUUGACGCAGCACAACAAGAGCUUUCAUUCCGGUGAGUAUCCGUUUCGGUGUCAAAAGUGCGGCAAGCGUUUCCAAAGCGAAGACGUUUACACGACGCAUUUGGGUCGCCAUCGCACCCAGGACAAACCGCACAAGUGUGAACUCUGUCCGAAGCAAUUCCACCACAAGACCGAUUUGCGGCGACACGUCGAAGCGAUUCACACGGGUCUCAAGCAGCACAUGUGCGACAUUUGCGAGAAGGGUUUCUGUCGCAAGGAUCACUUGCGCAAACAUCUCGAGACGCACACGAGGCCACGGGUCGUUGGUAAAAAGGCAGCGGCCGCUGCAGCCGCAGCGAAUGCCGCCAAUGUUGCCGCUGCUGCUGCGGCUGCGGCCGCAACGCAAGCCUCAAGUCUUGUGGCGGGCACAACGAUUGGCGGCAUUAAGGCCGCUUUUCGUUUGGUCGAAGCGAAGGCGGCUGCCUUGAAGCAGCGACAAGACUCUGUGGCUGCCGACGAUGACAGUCUGCUCGAAGAAGACGAACCACAGCAGCAGCAACUGUUGCUGGGCGAUCAUCAGUUGAUCAAGAACGAAUUUGUUGAGAUUAAGCACGAGUAUGAGGAGGAAUUCACUGAGGAAUUUCACAUGAUUGAAAAGGAUAUUGACAUUUAUUAAAUCUGUAUUUUGGGGAAGGGGCGGGGAGUAGUAGCCAGGGCUACUCAUUCAUCAGGGUUGCAGUACGUGUCUUCCAAGGCGCAACGCUUUGUGCCAACGCAAUUCCAUUCCAAUUCCACUUUCCUCCAUUCCUCCCACAAAAAAAAAGGGCCCAAAGAUCCUCAGUUUGCAUCUUGCUCCCUUUUUUUUUUUUUUUUUUUGACUCAUUUUGUUGUUGGUCCACACAAAACGCAUUUUUAUUGCGGCACUUGCAAUAAAUUUGGUUGUUUUACGUAGAAAUUAUGUGUUAUAAUUAAUAAUUGUAGAUUUUUUAUGUUGUGCCAAAGCGCGCCGCCUUUGAAGACACGCCCACUCAGCACAGCUGUAAUUAAAAACAAAAAAAAACUCAAACAAAACAUUUUGCCAUAAAAAAAAAACAAAACAAAACAACACGAAUUUUGGUUGUUCGAGAAAUUCCUAAUUGUUGUAGCAGCAAAUUUAAUUUAAAUUAAAUGUAAUUUAAUUCUAAUUGUAUUUGUAUUUUGUAUUUUGUAAUUAUUCUAAUUAUAAUGUAUUAUUUGUAAUCCCAAAUUUUUUUUUUUACUAUUUUUAUUUGUUUUUUUUUCGUAAUUGUAAUUUUUUUUGUAAGAGCCGCGCAUACCUCAAGCUCAAGACGAUGACAAAAUAUGAUAAAUGAUAAAAGAAAACGCUUAAAAUACACAUACAUACAAACACACACACACAUAUACACAAUAUACAUAAAUAUAUAUAUAUAGAGACACGAUCAGGGAAAAUGAAUCAAGAAAAACGAUUUCAAGAAAAGAAUAAAACAAAAUAGCACAUUUUAGUUGAUUUUUGUUUUAAUUCUUUUUGUAAUUUUUACCUAUAAUUAUUUGUUGUUUGUUGUUGUAAUCAAUGUUAACAAAUGCCAUAUAAAUAAUUAAAACAAAAAUUAAAAAAAAAAAAACAGCAACGCAAUGCCAAUUGAUAUAUAGUUGAUUAUAUAUAGUAACUAUAGCCUACAAAACGCCAAAUUGUCCAAACACACAAAAGAAAAACAAACGCAAGAAAUCAGGGAUAAUUUAUACAAACACAACUAAACAUACAUAAAUAUAUAUAUAUAUUAUUUUUUUUAGCAUGUGUAUUUCUAUAUGUAAUCGAAUCAAUUAUAUAUAUAGAUACACAUGCGAAUAUAAUUUUAAUUUAAUUUAUACAAAACAACAAAACAAAAAUAAAAAACACACCUUUAUUGUAUUUACUUAAUUUUAGUUUUCUUUUACACAAAAACACACAUUAUUAUUUUUUUUUUUAAAUAUAUUUGAAUAUGUCAUAAAAAAUUUAUAUACAUAUAUUAAUUUACAAUUUACACACUUUCGAAAUACUCAAAUCAAAAAGCAAAAGAGAAGAAGAGAAGAGAAAAAAAAUCCCGAUCGUAAUAAUUCGCCAUUAGCUUUAUGUUUUUUAUGAUUUACUUCAAAUUGUUAAACGAAAGAUAUAGAUUUAUGAAUAGUUCUAGAAACAAAAAAAAAACACACACACACACACACAAAAUGGACAACAAGAAUUAUGCCUAAUUUUUAUUGCUGAUUAUUUUUUUGUGUAAACUAGCGCAACAAAUUUUUUAACUAUAUAUAUAUUUAGCGAUAUAUUUCUAGACCAUAACUAAACCAUCCACAAUACAAACAAAAAAAAAAACAACAAAACAAA